AUAAUAAUAUUGUACAGUAAAAAUAAAUGAUCAGAUAGUUUUUUUUUUAUUUAUUUAGACUAGAGAAAAAAUCUUGUGUUCUCAUUUUUAUACUCUGUGGUAUUCUUGUCUAUGGAACAAGUUCUGGACAGAGUAAGUUUAAGACGCCCUAAGUUGGCCGUAGCCGUGUAUAGAAAACCGUUUUGAAUGCAUUAAGGUAUCAAGAUAUCAAGUACAACACUACAAUUAUUAAUACUUUUAUUCUUCGAACAAUCGCCGAUCCUAACGUAACCUAACAUACCGGUGAAAAGCGUGUAAAAUCAUUUCUUUGAUGGCCGAAAUGGAUACCGACGACAAAGGAUAUACGAUUACCUACGACCCUGUCAAAGGUAAGUGUCUUGUUGCAACAAAACACUUUAAAGUAGAUGAUUUAAUUUUUGAAGAAGAACCAUUUGUGUCCUGUCAAUUUUCUUGGAAUAGUCUUUAUGGUUAUCGUGCUUGCAAUCAUUGUCUUUGCCCUUUAGAAACUACCUCAGAAAAUAUUGUCAGAUUAACAAAUGCUGCUAUAACAGAAGUCCCUUUUGAGGAAUAUUGUCCUAUAAAAGAUAAAACACAAAACUAUCUACAAUGUGAAUCAUGUAAAGUUUGGUAUUGCAGUUCUACAUGUUUGGAAACUGCAUAUAAUCGAUAUCACCAGCUUCUUUGCAGACCAGACAGCAAUGAUCCAUUACAUUAUUUAGAAGAAUUAUGGAGGACAAUGCAUUAUCCUCCUGAAAGUCACAACAUCAUGCUAUUGUGUCGUUUGCUGGCAACAAUUGAAUUAUCUGCAUCACCACAGCAAGCUAAUCAAACAGUUUCUAAUUUUUGCCAUCGAACAGAAAAUGAAAAUGAACAUUUAGCACAUAAAAUGCUCGGAGAAAAGUUUGUUGAGCAAAUUGAACAACUUCGUUUUGGUGUUCUCAAGUCCAUGCCAGUUAGAGAAUCUAGUCAAUGGCUAACUCCAACUGGUUUUAAAUCAUUAUUGGCAUUGGUUGGAACAAAUGGACAAGGUGUUGGAACAAGUGUUUUUCAUCAAUGGGCAAAUAAUUGUAAAAAACAUCUUUCUCCUGAUCAAAUGGAAUUAUUUGAACAGUUCAUAGACAGCGCUUAUGAUGCAAUGGAACAAGUUGUUGGAGUGGAUUUUUUGGAUAAUGAAGGUUCUGCAUUAUUUCAAAAUCAUAGUUCUAUUAAUCAUAGCUGUUUUCCAAAUGCAGCAAGUGUUUUUGAUGGUAAUCAUGUUCUGAGAUUGGUUGCUAUUAGAAAAAUUGAACCAGGUGAUGAAAUAAAUAUUAGCUAUAUUGCUCCAUGUGAAUUAGACCAUAGCAGACAUACUAGGCAAAAAUAUUUACAAGAAAAUUAUGUGUUUACUUGUCGGUGUAUUAAAUGCGAGGAACAAAUUAAUGAUCCAGACAUAACCAGUGAUGAUGAUUCAGAAAUGGAAGAUGAUAGUACCUGAGUAUUUUUUGGAACUUUUAUAACUUUAAAAUAAAAUUCCAUUUUAAUAA